AUGUACAAAAAUCUGGUGCUCUACGUGGAAGCAUGCGAAUCCGGUUCUAUGUUCGAGGAUAUUCUGCCAUCGAAUAUCGGAAAUGAUGAUGAUGGUGAUGAUGAUGAUGAUGAUGAUGGUGAUAAUGAUGACGAUGAUGAUGGUGAUGAUGAUUCGGAUGAUGGUGAUUCGGAUGGUGAUGAUGAUGCUGAUGUCGAUGAUGAUGGUGAUGAUUAUGAUGAUGAUAAUGAUGAUUCUGAGGAUGAUGAUGAUGGUGAUGAUAAUGGUCAGUGUGUAGGUGAACAUACAUUUCCGUUUACGUGCAUUUUGACGUACUAG